AAUUAAACAUAAUAAAAAAAAUAACAAAAAUUUUUAAAUAAAAAACACAAUUUACGAAUUCUUAACUAAAAUUAAGCAAAAAUACGCACUCAUUUUUUAUUGUUAUUUUAUUCAAGUAAUAGAUAAAAUGAACUAAAACUAGAUUAAAUAGGGUCAAAAUUCAUAAAAUUUAGAGGGUUUGAAUAAAAUAAUGUGUCUAUAUUAAUUAAACUAAGGAGCAAAUGCAUAUCUGCAUAGUUAAUAAUUUGAUACUAACCUACUCAAUCAUACAUUAAAUACAUCUCCUACAAAAAACUAAAUGGAAUAUUAAAGUUAAGAAAAUGAAGAAAAUUAUGUAAGCGUAAGGGAUUUCGCUGAAGUUAAUAGCACAAGCUAAUGCAUGAAUAAAAGCUAAUUAGAAUAUCUUCUCAUAAGAACUGAAAGACAAAAACAAAAUGGUCUUCAACCAUUAAAUUCUACCAUUCACCCAAAAAUUAAUUUAUGUGAGAAGUAGCAAGAAAAUGCAAGAAUGGAAAACUUUAUUAGAUAACCCAGCCGUAAUUUAUCAAAAUAACAAAGAAAAAUCUCUUAUGUAAAAACAAGACCAGCUAAAAUUUCAAUUUGUGAAAGUCUAGAGCCUAAAGAGAGUGAAGGUGCAAUCUAAGGUUCACCAUUUUAUAAACAAAAUACAUUUAAUAAAAAUUUAAAUUAAAGAAGAAGAAGUAGCAGGAUGCAAGUAGAACAAUUUUAAAAUACUUUAAUAAAAAUUAUUUAAAAUAAAACUAAUAACUAACAAUAAUAAAAGCAGAAAUUGCUUGAUAUUCCUGAUUAAAAUGAGGCCUUAUAAACUUAAGAAUAAGAAAAAAUCCAAAUUUAAAAUUAAUUAGGAGAAGACUAGUGUAAAUUAGGUACAUUUUAAAAGUUAAAAAAGAAAGAUGAAAAGCUAAAAAAUGCACUUGUAUCUCGUUUGGGUAUAUUCUCAAGAUUUAUAAGAAAUAUAAAGAAUUUGUCUCAGCUUUAUAAAUUUAGAAUUAUGAAAACAGAAUAAAAAUUAAGAUUUAAUGAUAAAUCUUUCUACUAACAAAAAAAGUAAGAAAUGGGAAAUGAAAACUUUAGUAAAAAAAUACUCUUUAGAAUAUUUUCUAAAAUUUUUUAAAAGUUAGCAAAAUAAAUACCAGUAUUUGAUCCACUACAUUUUGCUGUACUUAGUUUAGAUUUCAUUGUUUUGAUAACUUUAACAGCUCAACUAUUUACUCUUCCAUUGGCUGACUCAUUUGAAGUUAAUUAUUUAAAAUAAGGAUGGUGUAAAGUGGUAUUUUAUUAUAUUCCAGCUAUCGCUCUAAUAGCUUCUAUAUUUACGAAACUAAAUACUGGAUUUUUUAAAGAAAAUAUAGCUGUCAAUGAUAGGAAAAAAAUUUUUCUGAACUAUUACUAUAGCGGAGGACUUGUGAUAGAUUUUAUUACUGUUCUUUCUUUUUUAGUAACAUAAGACAUUUAUGACUAUGUAUUUUUACUACUCAAGAUUUAUUAAAUUCAGAACUCAAUAGUAAAGGUAGAUACAAAAUUUUCAUUAUCUUAGAGAUUUCCAUUAAGUUUUCAAAUAUUUAAGCUUAUUUUUCUUGUAAUGUUCCUUGCCCAUUUAAAUGGUUGCAUUUUUUACUAAGUAGCUAAAAAUGUUGAUGAAAGCUGGAUAACAAAAAAUAAUUUAAUGACUGCAGACUGGUAUGCUAAAUAUAUAAAUAGUGUAUACUUUUCUUUCAUUACUAUGGUAACUGUUGGAUAUGGAGAUAUAACACCAGUUUCUCUCUAAGAGAAAGUUUUUGUUAUUUUCAUGGUUGUUUAUAGCUGUGGGUUUUUCGGCUACAUUGUAAGCAGUAUAGGUAAUAUUUUUACUUAGAGAGCUUAAAUACAAGCAAACUACAAGAGAUAAUUAGUCGAUAUGAUUUAAUAUAUGAGAACAAGAAAUAUUAGUUAGAUGAUCUAGUAAUAAGUAUUUUAAUAUUUACAUUACUUAGAGUAGAUGGAUUAUUACAACCAUUAAAAAGGAGAAGAAAUAGUCAAAAAGCUUUCACCUUACCUCUAAUAACAAAUUAAUAUAAAUUCCUAUUAUCCUUUUCUUAAAAGCUCGAAUUAUUUUAAACUAAAUUUCAAAGACUCUAUCUUAAUAAAUGCCUCUCUCAAAAUGAAAGAACUUACUUUUGGUCCUGGCUAAAUAAUAUUUAAAUAAAACGAUUAAGAUAAUAGAUUAUUUUACAUUCUAAAAGGAGAAGUGUAGCUAAGUAGCAACAAUCAUCAAAUUUGCAUCAAAAAUGAGAAAGAUAAUUGCUUUGGGAUAAACGAAUUUUUUACAGGAGAGUGUAGAAACUUAGAAGCUAAAAGCUUAACUGUUUCUUAAAUUUUAUAUUUAGAGUUGAAUGAAUUCAAGCAAGUAUUGAAAGAAGAUCCUUUGGAAUACGAAAAAUUUUGUUCACUUAAAGAUUAAGUUAUCUUCAGUAAGAUAUCAAUUGAUUAGCCAUGCUUUUUUUGCAAUAAAUUUAGUCAUAGGUACGACUAAUGCCCUUUUUACACAUUGAAAAAUUAAAGAUUAUUAAUGAUUGAAAGAAGUAAUAGAAGCAUUAGCUAAGAAAGAAAAUACUUUGAGAGAUAUGAUCGCUUUAAGUUUAAUAGUUUAUUUGAAAAUGCAGAAGUCAAGUUAAAUUUAAGAGCUAUUAGGUUAAAUUACAUAAAUAAUUUGGCUAUCGAUAAGAAUGAAAUGAUACAGCUUGCACAAAAUACUAUUGAAAUUGAGAAUGAUGUAGAUUUUUAUAGGUACAAUGAUGCCUUUUAAUUAAAAUAAAACAACGAAGGAUAAGAUUUUAAUAUCAUUUUAAUAAGUUCUGAUAAAAUAGCUGACGAGUUUUUUUUAGAAGAAGAAAAGUUAGAAAAUGGUGAAGAAGGUAAUGAAAGAUUAAACCCAAUAAUUAAUUCUUAAAAGAAAAUAGCCACAAGCUCAAUAGUAGCAACAGAAAUUCUGAUAGAAGAAAAUAAAAAUUAACAUUAGUCUACACUUCAAAACUCUCAAAAUCUGUUUAAGAAAUCAAAUUCUUUUUUGCAAAACGCAUUUCAUACCUAAAAUAGUAGUAAUUUAAAUAUGUAAAAUUAUGAGAAACUUCACCCUAUAAAGGAGCAAUUUUCAACAACAAACUAUAAAAUUCAAAACCACACUAGAUAAUAAUCUUGGAGAAAAAAUUCAGAUACUUCUAUAUCAAGUUAUCAAAAUAAAAGUGUUGAAGCAUCUUCUUCAAGAAUAUAAGACUAAAAUCUGCUAAAGCAAAUAAUAAGCUAUAUUGAGCUUACUCAAAUCAAAUAAGAAGUUGAAAAUUAGCAGGAAGUUUCAUAUAAUAUUUAAAAAGAUGAAUUUUUUUGCAUAAAUGAAUUUGAUUAAUUAUAAGAAUUUACUAGGUAUUUUCCAAAAAGCAAUUUUAGUUAGGUUUUAGGAUAAAUAAAUAAAGCAAAUUUAAAAAAGCAAAAAGUUCCUUUGAAAAAGGCAAAAAAAAACUAAAAUAGACCAAAUAAUACAGUUUUUAAAAGUUAAGCUAUUAAGAAAAAAAAUACUUUAUCAAAUAUAAAUACUUAAUGUACUCAAGCUAAUAUGCAUAAAAAAUCAUAAGAAACACCUCUUGCUAUUGCAAAAUCAUCAAGUUAUAACUAAUCCAAUUCUGAGAGUUUGAGUAACGUUCUAUCAUGUAGAACUUAAGAAAUACAAGACUUUAACAUAGAUCAAAAAAGUGAAAAUAAACUUUUAUAAAGUUAACAAGGAGAUAAUAUAAGAUCACACUUUUUAAAACCCUUGUAGUGAAAACUAAAAAUAAAACGAUGUCCUAAAAAAUAAUUUUUAGUGUUUUCAAAUAAGUAAAAAGAAUUAAAACUGAAUUAACUUUAAUAACCAUUAAAAUUAAUAAUAAAAAAAACUACUUUGUUUAUUAAUUAAAGAGUAAAGACAAUUUAUAUAUUAAAAACUAUGAAAUAUUAUUAAUUUUGCUUUAGUGUGUUUUUAUACAAUAAAAACUAUUUCUUCAGUUUACUAUUUCAAAUAAUUAUAUUUUUUUU